AUGGGUACCCGUUUCGAUGACAACCGACUAACGCUGCGGAUCCAUCGGGGUCGUGGUUCAACGGCCAGUGCUCACGGUGCCCCAGGCGCCGUAGCCGGUGCCCUCGGAGCCGUAGGAGGCCACCAAGAGUCACCGCACAGCAACGGAAGCACGCACAGUACCACCACCAGCCUGGGCAGUGCCUCGCCGGAACGCCUAUCGCGGUACAUGACCCGCUGCAAGAACCACGAGAAGAUCAAAAUCUCCGUAUCCUACCCCUCGACGGAGAAUUUGAACCAGAGUUCCUCGGCUGGAGAGGGGAGUAAGCUUCUGUAUGCAGUGCACUACUCCUCGAAUGGAGGCCGAGAGCACAACGCGUCGCACAUCUUCCGGAGGCCUUCCAAGGAGCAGAGCGGCAGUGGUCAGUAUCUGACGGUGGACGGGCAGGGACGGAGCCUCCUGUCGCCGCGGUCCAGCAAGCGAAUGGGUAAGCGUAACAUAAAAGCACAGGUCAAGCGCUUCCGGAUGGAAACCAAGGCGGCCAAGACGUUGGCCAUUAUCGUCGGGUUGUUCAUCCUGUGUUGGCUUCCGUUCUUCACCAUGUACCUGAUAAGGCCCUUCUGCGACAACUGCAUCAACGAUCUGCUGUUCUCGAUCGUGUUCUGGAUCGGGUACUGCAACUCGGCCAUCAACCCGAUGAUCUACGCCCUGUUUUCCAAGGACUUCCGGUUCGCGUUCAAGCGACUGAUCUGCCGGUGCUUCUGCUCGGCGGAGGCGAUCCCUCGACCGGCUAGCCGCCGCGGGUCGGAUAUGUCUCAGAUCCGGAUGCACGGAGCGCGGACCCCGAGCAUAUCGCCGUCGGCGGCUGCGCAAUCCAUCGGCGAUGACAGUGACCCGGUCGGAGAUCUGUCCGACAGCAGAUGACGAUCGUUUGGCCCGAGCGUCAGUUCGAAUUCUAGUCCUGGGCUGGGCGUGCGGGGACGCCGCAGCAACAGCAUUACCAAUGCUUCGCCGUCGGUGGCGGGUGGAACCAUGGCAACGGCGACUACAAGGAGUAGUGGCACGUCGCCUACUACGGAUACGGCGGCGGCGUCGAGAGGAAUUGUCAGCCGAGCGCCGGUCUAUGACAUCUGCCAUCCGUUGGUGAUGGAGAGUCCGGGGUUCACCGGGUACGGAAGCAGCGGAAGUGGUAGGUAUGGUGGAGAUGAUGGACUGGCGAGGGGGUCGGACAAUGCGAGGGAAGGCAGCGUGGGAGGGAGCAGCUUAACCAGGGUGGAUAUUUGAUCGUUUUGGGGUAGGAGACUGCUGCACUUUUGUGACAGUUCGUAAAAUAAACUCAUUUCAUUUGAGCGAAUGGCUUCGCUCAAAAGUUCAACCAGUGAACAUGUGUAUUGACUACGAGUUCAUUUUCUGUUAA